AUGACAUCACUGACAUACAUUUGCUGUACUAGAUGUUUCUCUGUAAUCUCUAUAAAUUUGCAGGCUAUUCUGCCUUUAUUACCUUACCUCUCCAAUUUAUUCGUCAAUUUCAAUUUCUUAUUUAAUUUGCCUGGUUUAUAUUCAUCAUCUAUUGCAAUAUUCCUUAAUUCUAGUUUGGGAUCUUUAAUUGCUGUUUUAAAUCCUAUUGUGAGUUUAUUUACAGUACAAUCAGACUUCAAUAAAUACCUCUAUUUAGUGGAAAAAUGA